UUAUGGUCAACAAACUUUAUCGAUGCUCUGAUGCAAAAAAAGUUGAAACUACUACAGCAGAAACAACAACUAAAACAACAGAAGCAACAACAAUAGAAACAACUACAGAGGAAAGUGAUGAGCAGUCAACAGAUGAAACAGAAACUACAACAGACAGUUCUCCACCAUCUACAACAAUAUCUCCAACUAGUGAAGAAACAGCAGUUACUGUAGAUGAACUUGAAGAGGAAACAACUACAGAAGGAACAAAUGAAGAAACAGAAGAAGAAUAUACUAGUACAAAAACAAAAAGUAAUGAAAAACAAAAAAUUCGAACUGGAGCAAGGGAAAGACAAGGGCCACGUUCUAAAGAAAUUGAAUUAUUACCUGGUGGUAUAGCAAGGAAAUUUAUUACACUCUCAAUUUGGUCAACACGUGGGAGAACUGAUGGGGAUAGAAAGUCUUUCGGCCGAAAAAAUAAAGGAAUGACAAAAAUAGAAGAGAAAAUAAGCAAUGAAUGUGUUGAUUUAAAUGCUCAUUGUGAAAUGUGGGAAAAAUUAGGGCAUUGUAUGCACUCAACAAAAUAUAUGAAUCAUUAUUGCCGAAAAUCUUGUGGUUUUUGUGACAGAGAAGAACGUUCAGAAAUUGAUUCUCCAAAACCUAAAUGUACCGACAAAAAUCAUUUUUGUAGUUAUUGGGCGAGAAAUGGAGAAUGUGAUGAUGGAUCUAAAUUUAUGAAAUUAUUUUGUGAAAGAUCUUGUGGAUUUUGUUAA